ACUCGUCGUUACUUACAUUCGCAUAGAGCCGGCCGAUCCCUUACUACCAGCCCCCGCCCUCGCUUAUUUUCGCACUAAAAAGUCGCCCCCUAACACGGACACGUCCACGAUUCGAUUCCUCCUCGUCGUCCCAAGGUAAAACCCGCACCCACCAAUCGGUCAACUCACCAAACUGCAGGGCGCAGGCGCAGCGUCGGAUCCUAACAGUCCGCUUUGGUUCGUAGGAGAAAUAGUGUAUUAUUAACGUCAGGGUGGGCUGUAGAAGGCAGGCGCUUUAUUAGCGGAGGCGCUUUGAUUGAAGAUUUGUCCCAUCCCUCGCUCGCUUCUCUUGUUCCUGCCUGCUCCCGUGCGGUGUUUCUGCUGGUCUUGCCCUGGGCUCGGGAGGCAUGGAGCCCGCAGGCGCGCCAUGGUACGACCCUCGCCGAGGGUACGGCUACGGCUACGGCGUCGGAUCGGCGGUGCUGGCGCCGUCGAUGCAGCGGCAACAGCAGCAGCAGCCGCCUCGACAGGACGCUGCGGCCGUAGCGAGCGGCGGGGUGCAUAAGAGGAGCCUGGGCGAGAUGGAGCAGUGGCAGCAGGCGCUCUACCUGCGCGCGGUGAGGCAGCGCGUCGCCGCGCACCCGCAGCUCGACAUCGGGGCCGUGCUUGCUGGGGCCGCCUCGCGGGCCUCAGGUUUCUCUCAUCCGCCACCGAGCUUUGCGGGGCUCCCGCCGCAGCCGUCCUCGACGCUCUCGUCGCUCACGACCGCACCACGCGUGGCCCCGCCACCGAUGCAGCAGCUGGUGCAGCGGGAGAUCAUGGCUGCGCCGUCCAAUCACGAAGCCCAGACGGCCGCCAGGGGGCCGGCUGCGAGGCCGGCGAUGGCGAGGGAGCUGGUGUUGCUGCACGAGCUAGAGAAGCAGCUGUUGGGCGACGACGACGAGGAGGCAGAGGAGGCGCGGAGCACGUGCGGCUCGACGCUCACCAACUCCUUGUGGGGGGAGACGAAGCAAGAGCUCAACUCCGUCAACGCCACCCCAUUCCCGUCGCUUCCUCAGGCUAUCGCAACGAACAACAACUACAACAGCGUGCCCAUGUCAAGGUCGCCGACGAACUCCUCGUCGUCUUCGGCUUCGUCAACAUUGUCCAGCUCGCCGCCGACCUCGGCAGCCUCCUCGCGGCAGUUGCUGUCCGAGGCUGCCGCUGCGGUCGCCGACGGCAACCUCACAGUGGCGGCCGCCCACCUGGCCGUCCUGAAGAUUGCCGCGAACCCGCGCGGCAACGCCGAACAGAGGCUGGUGGCCAUGAUGGCGGCCGCCCUGUCUUCCCGCGUCGCUCCACCCUCGUCUCAACAUCUCGUGGACCUCUGUAGCGGCGAUCAGCGCGCGGGGUGCCAGCUCCUGCACGAUGUCUCGCCCUGCUUCGGCCUCGCACUCCAUGGCGCCAACCUCACCAUCCUCGACGCCGUGGCCGACCACCGCGUCAUCCACCUCGUCGACUUCGACGUCUGCGUAGCGCAGCACAUCGCCCUCAUUCAAGCCCUCGGCAACCGCCGCGUGCCAGGCACUACUCUCAAGGUCACCGCCGUCGCGGACCCCACGUCGCCGUUCACGCCAGCUCUAGCGCAGGCGCUCGCCGCCACCGGUGAGCAGCUCAAGAGGCACGCCCAGCAAGCCGGGGUGGAGUUCCGGUUCAAAGCAGUCGGCUACCGAGCAGGCGAGAUCGAGGCAUCAAGGCUAGGGUGCGAGCCAGGGGAAGCGCUGGCCGUGAACCUCGCGUUUGCGCUCUCGCGCGUCCCCGACGAGAGUGUGUCGCCGGCGAACCCGCGCGACGAACUCCUCCGCCGCGUGCGCGCGCUGGGCCCGCGGGUCGUGACGCUGGUGGAGCAGGAACUGAACACGAACACGGCGCCGCUGGCGGCACGCUUCUCGGACGCGUGCGCGCACUACGGCGCGGUGCUGGAGUCCCUAGACGCGACCCUGGGCCGUGACAGCGUGCAGAGGGCCCGGGCCGAGGCGGCCCUCGCCAAUAAGGCGGCCAACGCGGUGGCGCAGGAGGGCCCCGAUCGGGUGGAGCGGUGCGAGGUGUUCGGCAAGUGGCGCGCCCGGUUCGGCAUGGCGGGGUUGCGGCACGUGGCGGUUGGGCAGGGCGUUGCCGACCGCGUCAAGGCCCGGCUCGGCCCUGCCCGGCCGGGGUUCGGCGUGAAGCUCGAAAACGGCCGGCUCGGGGUCGAGUGGAUGGGGCGCGUAGUCACCGUCGCCUCCGCCUGGCGUUAGCCUGGUGAGCUCACAAAGUCACAGUCACAGUCACAGCAUUGUUGCCGUCACCAGAUCGAUCAGUACCAUUGGUAAGGAGUAACGACUUUGUUAUGCAUCCAAAGAUGUCUAGUUGUAACUCCUCGAUAUUCUUUAAAGCUAGGCCGUGUUGAUGGGUACAUCACACUUGGUUGCGAUCCAGUAUCCGUUCAUGUGGGCUGUGCCGCUUGUCCUUGUUGGUGUUGGUUUCUCUAUUCUACUGGCGAUACUGCUUCAUAACUGGUGGCAAAUAUGAGUUGCAUGGGGACCGGGGUGCCUACUUUGUUUUCCCUCAGAUCAAUGCUACCCUGCCACGUUGUCGCUG